AUGUUCUAUUACGCUGCAACAGCUACAUCUGCUGGAACGUCGUUGGUUUCUCAGGACGACCCACCACAGUUUAGUGUUCCCAACGCGCUUAGGAGAAACUCUCGUAACGGUGAUUUUACGUUACUAAAAGAGGAAAUCGCCAAACUUUGUGAAGUAGAGAAAAGUAUGCCACCUUACGAUGAGGAUGAGACAGAGCUGUCACUCGUAUUCUCGUGGCACUUCAAUACUGUAACCGUAAUUUAUAGAAUUACUCGGGCCGUGUUACCUGUUCAAUUGAAGGUUCACGAGAAAGAUGGACUCACUUCUCAAAAAAUCCGUAAGUGUAGUACGAAACGUGGACGACCGACGAAAAAUCCUGUAUGGACAUUUUUUCGUCGAAUCGACGAUAGAAGUGUGCAAUGCAAUAUGUGUGCUCGGCUUGUGAAAUCAGCAUGUGCUACGAACAUGAGCAAACAUUUGGAACGGCAUCACCAGGCAUCGGCGACAAAGUUGAUGCCGGAUUCGAUCGACGUCGAGUUCGAAGUGAACCAUAUGACCGUCGUCGACAACAGCUACACUCAAUCACUACCAUCUCCAUGGAAUCCAUACGUUCAGCAGCACAUGCAACCAAUAAAGCACGUAGUGGUUCACUUUUUUCGAUGA